AUGCGAGUGUGCGUCAUCGGCGGCGGCGCCGCGGGCGCGGCCGCCGGGUGGGCUCUCGCCACCUCCGGCGUCGCCGACGUGGAGGUCAUCGAGCGCGCGUCCUCGCUCGGCGGCGUCGCGACGACCGAGCGCGUCGGCGACGGGUCGUCGACGAAGGUACCAGUCAACGACGGCGUGCAGGGCGGUGCGCUGUCGUAUCGCAACGUGAUGCGCUUGAUGCGCGCGACGGGCGCGCCGGAGCCGAAGUGUUUGGACGUCGCCGUGAGCUUCGGCAAGGGCGAGCACAACUGGACGAACCACGGCGAGAGCCGCGCGAGGGUGAUCGAAGCGCACGCGAAGGAGGUGGAGCGGUUCGGGAGAGUCCUGAAAAAGUUCACGCGAUGGGAGGUCGUCUACGCGUUCGUGUCGAUCGAGCGCGCGCUGCGAUGGCACGGGUUCUCCAAGUCGUUCGCGGAGCGCAUCGUGUACCCGCUCGUCGCGCUGUUCUUCGGCACGGGGAACGUCACCGCGAGCGUCCCCGCGGCGGUCUUCGCGAGGGUGUUCACGGAUCCGAAACUUCGGCUGUACGACUACUGCCCGGAGCGCUUCCUGUCGCGGCGGCCUAAGAUGUUCGCGUUCCCGCUGUUCGAGACCGUGUACGACCGGCUUCAGCGCGCGAUCGAGGACGCCGGCGGCGUCGUGACGACGCGCGCGACGGUCGUCGCGGUCGAGCGAAGGAAGGACGAGGUCGUCGUCGUCGGACGACGACGGGACGGCGACGGCGACGGCGACGGCGACGACGCGAAGGGCUUCGUCGACUUCCGCGAGACGUACGACCACGUCAUCUUCGCGUGCAACACGGAGACGUCCAAGGCGCUUCUCGACGCGGGGACGGGGACGUGCUGGAUGGAGCGGAAGGUGUUCGGGAACGUGAGGUACUACGACGACGUGUCCGUCACGCACACGGAUCUCGAGUACGUGCGAAAACACUACGAGAAGACCGAGGGAGACAUGUACUUGGUUAAGACGUACGACGCCGACCCCGGGAAGAUCGAGAUGACGUUCGACCUGACGAGCUACCAGCCCGACGCCGCGGCCGCGGUAAGUAAGGAAGGUCCUGGCGCUACUACUGCGAGGGUGUUCCAGACGAUCUUCCUCGACGCCGCGGGAGAGAAGAGACGCGCGGAGAAAAGCGGACUUCCGACGCGAUGGACGAAGGACGAGAUCGACCCCUCGAAGAUCCUCCUCACGAAGUGGUGGCGGCAGUUCGGGCACAGCGUCCGACACUUCACGCGCGCGACGCCGCUGUGGCGGUUCGUGCAGAAGAAGCGCCGGACGUUGUACGCGGGGAGUUACACCGCGGUGAACACGCACGAGAUCGCGGUCAUCUCGGGACUCGCGGCGGCGUGGCGGUUGGGGGCGCCGUAUCCGUUCCCGGAGGACGCGCUCGCGGCGUCGCAGUUCGACAUGUACUGCGGGCUCGUGCACGGGAAGAAACGGUCGAAGAGAGAGAGGAAGGCGGCGGUGAAGACGGGGAAGCGCGUCUCGUUCGCGGACGAGACCGAGAAGAAGACGCGCGCGUGA